CGGAUGGUCAAGAUCUCCCUCCAGCGCAUUUUGAAUAGUCACUGUUUUGCUAGAGAGAAAGAAGGAAACAAAAUGCCCUCCAUGACGUUUAGUAGUAACACUUGUACCGAAAGUUCCAGGCUGUCCUCCACUUCCUGUCGUAACCCUGGUCCGGGGCCUCUGUGGUGUUCCGAUGUCCCUCACCCACCCUUGAAGAUCCCAGGUGGGCGGAAUGCUCAAAGGGAUCACAAUCUUGCAGCUAAUGUACUGUAUUCAGAUAAUCGGCUGAGUGUAACAGAAGAUUUGAAUGCAAACAGCAGGACUAAAAUUCUCCAUUUCCAGUCCAAGCUUACUGAUGCAAGAAUUGUUCACUGGAGAGCAAUACUGAACAACAACAAUCUGUAUAUUGAACUCCCAAGUGGGGUAUUGCCUGAGGGAAGCAAAGAAAGGUAUCUUACCAUCCUGCUUGAAUUUGCAGAAGAACAUCUUCACGUUGAACAUGUCUUUGUUUGCUUCAACAAGAACAGGGAUGAUCGAGCUCCACUACUUCGCACAUUUAGCUUUCUUGGCUUUGAGAUUGUGAGACCUGGACAUCCCCUUGUCCCAAAAAGACCAGAUGCUUUCUUCAUGAUGUAUACAUUUGAAAGAGACUCAUCUGAUGAAGAAUAAACGUGUGCUUUUAUCUUGGCGCUUUGAUGUUCUGGGGUUUUAUUUUCUUUCAUCUGUGAAGGUGUAUUGGUGAAAUUCUGUCUUAUCUGGAAUUACAGCCUUGGGAGAAUCUUAAGGUUCAGUGGUUGGUUAGAUAAUUUCACUUGUACUGUAUCUCUAUUUGCAUGUUAUGAUUAUAGCAAAUAAAUUGCUCGCCAUGAAUUUAACUGCAUACUUUUUUAGUUUUGAGGCUAAUGUUGCAAUAAUAAAAUUUAUUUUACUGUUGAA